AGCUCUGUCUCUUGUGCCGCCUUGCAGAUGCCAUUCGGGAGAUCCGGAAAUACGACGAUGUGACCGAGAAAGUGAAUCUGCAGAACAACCCUGGGGCCGUGGAGCACUUCCACAUGAAACUCUUCCGAGCCCAGCGCAACCUGUACAUUGCCGGCUUCUCGCUGUUGAUGUCCUUCCUGCUGAGACGCCUGAUCACCCUGAUCUCCCAGCACGCCACCACCCUGGCCUCCAACGAGGCCUUCAAGAAGCAGGCGGAAGGAGCCAGCGAUGCUGCCAAGAAGUACAUGGAGGAGAAUGACAAGCUGAAGAAG